UUUUCCUAAUUCCCAGUUGAGGAUGUUCUGUAACUAUCUAAAGAGCUCCCCAAAGACUAGAAAUGCUAGCAUGAGACUGACCCACAGCAGCUGAUCCUGUUUUUGUUGUUUCCGUCCCACAGUGGGUCACAUGAGGUCAAAACAGAAGAAAAAGACCAUUCCGCUCUCUUUCAGGCACACUCAGUGUCAUGGUGUUGGGUCUGGGCUGAGUCACUGAUCUUCCUCUCCUUCUAUUCAUAGAACCAGUGUCGAUGACAAACGCAUGAGCUCGUAUCACGCUUUAUCAAGCCAAAGGACUGAAACAUUUUAUACAGCAGUGAAUACUUCAUCCAUUCACACACUGUUGGUGAUGAGCUACAUUAGCCACAGCUGCCCUGGGACACACUGACAAAGAUGAGGCAGUCGUACACCGGCGCCACCAGCUGGCAAAGAGGGUGAAGUGUUCCCGGACACAAUGGUUGACAUGGAUGGAGCCUGGGUUCGAACCAACAACUCUCCAAUUACAGGAUGAACUUCUGACCUCGUUGUUUAUAAAUGAUACAUCAGUGGUACUAGAAGAGGCGCUGGCUGUGAACAGACUCUUGUUGGUGAAUCAGGAGACUUGUAGUGAGAGAGAAGGAACUACAAAUCCCAACACAAGGAGAGCAACAGAAACAUCACAGGUCACAGUGGGAGGAUUGGUUCCAGUGAGUCAACUGAAGGGGACCAGAACUGGGCUAAUGAUUCUACUCCACCCAGCCCACAGCUGCAACAGUGGCUUCAGUACCAUCCAGCCGUGUCUACUGCAGAUGAAGAUGAGGGGUGCAGGAGUGGACGAACAUCUGACUGCAUGGACCAUCAUCUACCUCACCAACAGGCCACAGUAUGUGAGGCUGCACAACUGUACAUCCGAAGUGGCUGUGUGAAAUACUGGCGCUCGACAAGGUACAGUGCCCUCUCCCUUUCUCUUCACCUUCUAUAUCUCGGACUUCACCUACAACAGCAGCAGCUGUCACCUCCAGAAAUUCUCUGAUGACUCUACCAUUGUCGGUUGUGUGUCUGAGGGGAAUGACCUGGAGGACAAGUCAGUUAUCAUGGACUUGGUGGACUGGUGUGAGCGUAACCAUCUUCGCUUGAACACUAGUAAGACAAAGGAAAUGGUGAUUGACUUCCAGAGUAACACUCCUCCUCACUCACCAGUAAACAUCCAGGGAGCAGACAUUGAGGUGGUGGAUACCUUUAAGUACCCGAGUGUUCACCUCAACAGCAAACUGAACUGGUCCAUCAGCACAGAUGCUCUGAGUAAGAAGGGCCAAAGUUGCCUCCACCUCCUGAGGAGGCCGAGGUCCUUCUGAGGCAUAGGGAGCCUACGUUUCCUCCUUUUCCGGUCGGCUCACGGGUCCCCAGAAGAACGAAAAAAUGAAUACAAGUCAACGGGGCUAAAAACGCUUUUUCUAAUCCGCCUUGUCUCACGCCCUGGAUCACACAUAUGUUGUACUGCAAUUUAAAUGAUAAGUAAUGAUGGGUGUUUCGACCAUGGUAGUCACGCACUUUGAGAUUUAUCAGCUUGUAAAAGUUUGCAAUUAGCAUGACUACACAUUAGACAUUGGCACGUCGCAUAUGUGACAUCACCACAGAAUAUCUUAUCCCCUAGUUUAGCUGCUACUUACCACAUGGUCACAUUUAUGGUGGUUCUUACCUCCUGAAGGAAGGAUUAGAAGUUUGCUGAACUCACAGCCAUUUUCCCUCUGCUUUUCUCCAUGUCUGGUUCGAUGACGUCACUUUCGUGAAACACAUUUGUAGUCCUGACUUAUUUUCACACAAAACCUAAAAUAACAUUGUCCACAGUGCAAAAAAAAAGCACGUUCUUGGUAUCAAAAUUUGUCUUUAAAAUUCACGGACCUCAUAUGUGAAAUCCUUGGCACAAAACAAGCAGAAUUAGAAAAUAGCGUUUUUAGUCCCAUUGUCUUGCGUUGAUUUUUUUCAUUCUUCUGUGGACCCAUGGUGCGAAAGAAGAUGGGCGUGACUUACGCUCCCUAUUCCCACUAUUACCAGCUGCUAAAAUCCUUUUACCACUCUGUUGUUGGCUCUGUUAUCCACUCUGCUGUGGUCUAUCGGGGUGUAGGCAGCUCUGACCAAGACAGGAAGAAAGAAAAAUAUUUUUUAUUUAGCACCUUUCAAGAUAAAAAUCACGAGGCACUUCACAAAAAAAAGGUAUUAAAACAUUGAUUAAAUAUGUUUAAAAUGAGAGAAAAUAAAAAUUGUGAAAUAAAAAAAUGUAAGGAAAGGGAGAGAGAGAAUGAAUAGGAAAGAGGGAAAUCAGUGGAUCCCGGGAAAGGCGGAAUAAGAGCAGAAUAAGGAGAGGGUAGUGAUGAAGGUCACGCCAAAGCCUGAGCAGGUGAGUUUUCAGCUGUUUUUUAAAGGAGUCCACUGAGUCCACUGAUCUCAGGCUCAGGGGGAGAGAGGUCCAGAGUCUGGGGGCCACUGUAGCAAAUGAUCCAGGUCCUUUGGUCUACAUGGUGCUGCACAACCAGUAGGCUUUGAUCACUGGACCUCAGGGACCUGCUGGGGGUGUAGGGACUAAGAAGAUCACCACUGUAAGAUGGUGCUUGUCCAUGUAAGGCCCUAUAGACCAGAACCAGGAUCUUGAAAUGAACCCUGAAGUUGACUGGCAGCCAGUGAAGCUGGAGGAGAAGCGGGGUGACGUGGGUGUGUUUGGAGGACUUGGUCAGAAGCCGAGCACAGGCAUUCUGAACCACCUGUAGACGGUUCAGGGAGGUUCUGCUCAGACACGUGAAAAGAGAGUUACAGUAGUCUAAGCGUGAGGAGAUGAAGGUGUGGAGAACUGUCUCAAGUUCAGAGCGGGACAAAAUGGGACUCGGCUUUGCAAUGUUCCAGAGAUGGAAGAAGGAAGAGCGAACAAGAGAACUGACAUGAGAAUCCAGGGUGAGGAAGAGACUGAACAAGCUAGUUCACAAAGCUAGCUUGGUUCUGAGCUGCCCACUGCAUACAGUUGAGGAGAUGUGUGAAAAGAAGAUGCUGAGAAGAUGACCACCAUCUUAGUAAACCCCUCCCACCCACUGCAUUCCACUGAUGAGACCAUGGACAGCUCCUUCAGAGGCAGACUGAGACAUCCCAGAUGUAAAACAGAACAUCACCGUAGGUCAUUCAUCCCCUCUGCAGUGAGAGUAUGACUCCUCAGUUUAACUUGUACUGGCAUCAUCCUGGUACACAAUAACACCAAUGCAAUACUCUAUGUUCAAUACCGGAUUUACAUAGUAUGUCUGUGUCUCUUGCAGUAUGCUGCAUAGUGUUGGAACCCAAGUUUUGUUCCUUUUUUUAUUCGUGGCUUUUAGUGGUCGAAGGUGACAAUCCUAGACUACUGCCUAUGUACACGUACAUUUGUUGUUAUUUUUUCUUCAAAUUAUUCUCCUAAGUGUUGGUGCUGCUGUAACAAGCGAAUUUCCCCACUGUGGGAUCAUUCUAUUCUAUUCUAUCCUGUUCUAUUGUGUUUUGAGUGUUUAGGGCUAUGUUCCAUGUGAGUUUGUCAUGUUCUGAUUGCAAAUGAAGAUUCUUGAAAAGACAGACAAGCAGCCAAAGCUGGAAGAUUAAACCUGAUCAUAUCAUCAAGACGUCUGGAGGUUUAGCUGCAUGGAUUAUAAUCCAGAAUGAAGUCAAGGGCAAAUAAAAGAUGAAUCCAGUAGGUGGCAGGAGGUUCCCUCGAUGAUCAUUUAUGAGUCACAUCUGUGAGGCCCUUCUGUUAUUUAUAUAAAUAUUAUAUUAUAAAUAAUACCAAUUUACAUUUCCAUGACUGGAAUAGUUUAAUUUCUAACAAAAAUUAUUCAAAGUCUUUUUAUUUAUUGUGUUUUCUAUCAAAUCUGAAAUAUUUGUUCAAUGUGAUCUAGAAUAAAAUCAUAUAUUUGUUUCCUUUUGUCUAACCUUCACUGGAGCUGUCCUGACUGACCUUUGACCUGGCCCACAUCUGGUACUCACACACGAUUACUAACCGAAAAAGUUCCAUAAAAACAACACAACUAUUUAAAGACAGAGAAAAUCUGAAUCCAAAGAUCUGAACGUAGAACCACAGCACAGAAACUUUUUAAUCUCUUGUCAGAGGGAAUGUUUGAGCAUCUGCACUCUGGGGGUCUGCUGCAUUUAUUUGUAGCCUAAAUAAAACUUUAUUUAGUUUUUAAUAGAUGCAGGAACGGCCCUUUGAUAGCGGGUUGACAGAUGAAUGGCUGCAGAGCUACGACAAAUCUAAAUAAAGUCACUAACAGCUAGACUCGUACUCGAUUGUAUUUUUCCUCCUUUGGGACGUAACAAAUGCCAUUUGCUGAGGAAUUCAUUGAAACAACAGUUAAGCAACAAGAAGGAAAACAACACUUUUGCUAUUAAAACUUGUGCAUUAACAUUCAUGUGUCCAUCACAACAACGGACGUGUGUCUCAUCGUCACGCUGAGUGAAGGAGAGCAGCUCCUCCCUCUUCAGGUAGACACUUGUCUUCAUCCCUUCUCCUCCUCAGUCCUCAUCUGCCUCACUUGGAGACAUCCACUCUGGCUGGCUGCUGAACCCAACUCUAGGAGCUGAGCUGAGAUGCCCGAGUCUCCCCUCAGUCCCACAGCAGCUCGUCAAACUCCAGCCAGCAGCCUCCUCAGUCACACAGACGGAGGAGGAGGAGGAGGAGGAGGAAGAGCCGCUGUUAAUGGGGACUCUUGCAGCGGAGCGAGUGUGGAAAACUGGCAGGAACUCCUCCAAAAGCAGGUCUUUCUGGCAAUGAUGUCUCCUCAACAGACGCAGCAGCUCCUGUCACCCGACCAGUUGCAGGUUCUGAUCCAACACAAGCAGCAAGCCCUUCUGCUCCAGCAGCAGAAUCUGAAAGAGUUUUACAAGCAACAACAGAUUCAGCUGCUGCAGCAGCAAUCCUGCAACAAGAUUAAAAAGCCUCCUGCUCAGCAGCUGGUGUUCCAGCAGCUCCUCCACCUCCAGCAGCAGCAGCAGCAUCUCCAGGCUCACAGACUAGCACCAUCUGCUCCAAGCCUUUCUGCAGCUCUGAACCCUGCAGAGAUGCAGCAGAUCUGGAAGGAACUCAAAUCUGAAAUGGCUGAAGAAAAGACCACAGUGAAGACACAUCAGGACUUUGAUAAAGUCAGAGGGGGACAGGCCAGUGGUCUUCUGUCUUUGUCUCCACACAGGGCAGAGCGCUCUUCUAAUGGAGACAAAGCUGCUGCACGCGUACUCUUUGGUCAUGGUGUUUGCAACUGGCCCGGCUGUGAGUCGCUCUGUGAAAACAUCAGCCAGUUCAUCAAGCACCUGAGCAGUGAACACACUCUGGAUGACAGAAGCACGGCUCAGUGCCGAGUCCAGAUGCAGGUGGUUCAGCAGCUGGAUCUCCAGCUCUGCAAAGAACGGAAACGUCUGCAGGCGAUGAUGGCUCACCUGUAUUUACCUGCUUUAGAUGCUCCGUCACCAAAAUCCAAUUCAGCUGCUGACCCUCGCUGCCCGCAGCUGCAACCAGUGACACUCGCUAACACAUCACCCUGCCUGAGGUCCCAGGCAUCCCCCCAACCAGUGGACCCAGUCAGCUCCCCCUCCCAGGUGUGUGAACAGGAGUCACCCACACACACGUCUCCACUUGGGGCUGUGAGACGCCAGGAUUGCCCCUUGGUGUUCUCUCUGUCUUCAGAAAACGAAUACGAGCUUUAUAAGAAUACAGAGAUUAGGCCACCGUUCACCUAUGCAACGCUGAUUCGACAGGCCAUAACGGAGGCAUCAGACACACAGCUGACUCUCAAUGAGAUCUAUAACUGGUUCACAAGGACGUUUGCUUAUUUCAGAAGCAACGCUGCCACUUGGAAGAACGCAGUUCGCCACAACUUGAGCCUCCACAAGUGUUUUGUGCGUGUGGAGAACGUGAAAGGGGCUGUGUGGACGGUGGAUGAGGAGGAAUACCAGAGGAGACGGUCACAGAGGAUCACAGGGAGUCCGUCGCUGAUGAAAACUGUAUCCUCCAACUUUGCUUCAGGGAACUCUUUACAUUCUACCUUACAGGCCGCUCUGGCUGAAACUUCACUAUCAGGCUUCAAGGAGAGAGGGAGCAGAAACGUUAGGAGUCAGACACAGAAGAACGAAGGAGCAGAGAAGCCCAAGUUUUCUCCUCAAAUCCAGCAGCAGCUUUACUUUGAAGAUGAAGAGGUGAAAGUGAACGUCCGAGAGUGUCUGCUGCCGAUACUGGAACCAGUCGGUCUGCAACCAGACAUGACUGGAAGCCAGGAGGAGACUUCAUUUGACCUCAAAUAACCUUUUAUGGUUAAUUUUUCCUUUGCAUGAAUAAAUAAAACAAGCCUUCACCGACUGUUCAGAGAUGACAGCAAUGCAGCUGCACUAUGCUUUCAUUUAGAUGCCUGAUACCAGCAGGAAGAAUGGAAAAUCAUUUCAUAAAACUUCUUCAUCUCAUUUAAAAUUCAUAGAUAACCAGAGUAAAUAAAAAAAAUGUAAAUUUUAGAUGAUGGUUUAAUUUAUAUAGGGAAACAAACUCCAGAAUAACCUAAACCUGAUAACUGGCUGCACAUCUGAACGAGUUUCCAACAGCUCUUUGGAGGAAAUUUGUCCUACUUUUACAGGAUUAUCUGAAUUCAGCCACACGGGAGGGGUUUCUUGCAAGAAUGAUCUGUUUAGGGUCAAAGGUCAGACGAUCUCUGGCAGAGAGCAGAACUUAUGGUUCCAUCAAUUACAGCAGGCUGUCCUGGUGCAGCAAAGCAGACCCAAACCAUCACACUACCACCUCUGUGUUUGAACGCUGCCAUGAUGUUUUCAGAAAAUGCGGCUUUUCACCAGUUUUACAUCAGAUAUGCCAGGAUACUCACCUUCCAGAAAGUUCCACUUUUAUCUCAUCAGUCAAGAUUUUCCCAGAAGUCUGGGGUGCAUUCAAGAUGGUAGUUGUGAGAUGGGACUUUUGGGUCAGGAGAGGAACUUGGACUCACACGAGUCCACUUUUAUUUCAUGAUUUAGAGAACAUUUACGUUUUUACACAGAGCCAAGUUGGUUUGGAUCGUUUUGUUCCUUUAAUAAAUUAAACCACCAUUCAAAAACUGAUUUUGCACUUCAACUUUCACUCUGGUUAUUUUAGUCUGAUACUGAAAUUUGUUUUCCAAUAUUAAUUAAAUUAGAGAUAUUUUUUUCUCCAUUAAAGAAAAUCUGCUCCUUAAAUGAGGAAAAAUGCAACAUUUGGGACAAAGAAUGUAGAAAAAGGUUGUGUUGUGACUUAAAAAAAACUUAAUAUCUGUAAGUAAUUCGAGGAAAACACACUUUUAUUAAAUAAAUGUACUUUUUCCCUAGACAGACAUGUUUAAAAUGAAGGUUUUUAUUCUCUGUGGUUGUUUUAGGAUAAGCAUUAUGUCAAUGUUGAACGUUUAUAAUAUGUUGUUCUUCCUACUUGUUAUCUACAAAUGCACUGUAACAAUCUCCAAAGUAAUAUAAUGUACACAGUGGUGGGUUUUUCUAGUUUACUAUUAAUUUAUAAUUAGAAAAAAUAUUUGCAAUAUUUGUUUAUAUAAGUCAUGUCUUCACCGUAGAUCACAUCUGAUGUGUGUACAAUGUUUGUGUCUGCAGCUAGACUAGAAACUAGAAACCCUUAAUUAAACAAUAGAAAACA